GCUUCAGUGGGUCCACUUAAAAUGAACAAAGUACCUGGCGUAGCGUUUAACAGCUUGAACAACUCUCGAUAAAUCUGGAUAUAUUAUAUUAUCCGUUUAUUUCUCGAUCUCAUUCAUAAGUUAUCCUCGGUUCUCCACCUGUUCUGUCCCAUGGAAUAUUAACAGCUGCACUCCAUUGUGGCCACACCGCCAAGCCUGGGGGUUUCUGUCCCGCUAUUCCCUCGAAUAAACCUCGUGCUAUUUCGGUGUUUCUGUUCCAUUUCCGGUUUUCUCUUCGCUCACUAAUCCCCAUUCGCACCGGCAGGUGUGACAUGUUACGUGUGCAUUUCUCCGUAUUGACAGAGCUUCUCUGAGCGCUCCGUGGGCUCCCGGUGAUCCUGGACGAAUUUGUGUGAAAUGCGCCUGUAGUUAUAUUCAGCUUUGCAGACAUGGAGCCUCCGGACUUCGAAGCCAUGAACUUCACGGUGGAGCCGGCAGUGGCAGCGUACCCGCUGUGUGAGCAGUGGAGAGACGGCUCGGAGGGCUCCGUGUUCCACCUCGCAAAUAUCUUGCUCGUCCUCGGGUUCAUGGGCGGCAGCGGCUUGUAUGGGCUCCUCUACCUGUUCACCUUCCUGACUUUGGGCUUCUUCUGCUCUGUUCUUUGGGCAUGGUCCGACACCUGCACAAUGGACUCUUUCCUGUGGAGUUUCGCGCUCUUCGGCGUGUGUCUGGGGCAAGUCCUCUAUGUUGCCUACAUGCUGAGAGGCGCUUCCUUUGAGAAGGAGCUCCAGGAGCUUUACAACUGCAUGUUUAAAAAGCUAGGAGUGUCGCUAACACAUUUUGGGAAGAUAGUGGCCUGCUGUGACGGAGACAUCCACGCCAUAGAGAAGGACCACUGCUUCGCCAUAGAAGGAAAAACCCCCAUCGACAAGCUGUCGGUGCUGCUGUCCGGCAGAAUCCGUGUGACAGUUAAUGGAGAGUUUCUGCAUUACAUCUACCCUUUCCAGUUUUUGGAUUCACCUGAGUGGGACUCUCUCAGACCAUCGGAGGAGGGUGUUUUCCAGGUGACCCUGCGUGCUGAUAACCCCUGCAGAUUUGUGGCGUGGAGGAGGAAGAAACUCUAUCUGCUUUUUGCUAAGCAUCGCUACAUAGCCAAGAUAUUUGGCCUGGUUGUGCGCAAUGACAUUGCAGAGAAGCUGUACUCCCUUAAUGAACAGGCUUUUGACAGGGCCGGGCACCACUAUGAUCUCCGCUUACCAAGUUACUGUCACAUACCAGGGACCGAAUUAGAAAAAACAGAUGUCCUCUUACAAGUGCCGAUACAGAGUGGAAGAAGUGUCUGAACACACACACACACACACACACACACUACUCCGGGCCUAAAACGCUUGGAAGUGACUCACUGUGUGCAGUAAUGGGUGUCAUUUAGGAAGGGCAAAGUAUGGUAUUAUCUGUACCAUGUAGGGUAAAUAGGUUUAAAGUGAUAUUAUGUCAAAUCUGGCCACAUAUUCAUCAAAUCUCAACGUGCAAAUUACAGUGCCUUGCGAAAGUAU